AGUUAUGACUUAUAUUCUGUGGCUCGACUAUUAUAAUAUAGUUUAUUAUUACACGGUCUUAGAUUACUUUAUUUUAUUAAAAUAUUUUAUAGUAUAGGAUAAUAUUAUAAUAUACGAUCGAGUGAUCGUUGAGCCAGCUGUGAUUGAGGGCUUGAGGUGUUGACUGUUAAGCGUCGAUUUGUUAUUUUUCAAUACCCACUUGUAUGUUCGUGUCUACAUUGUUUGAGUUUUGGCAAAUCGUAGUAUUACCGAUUUUAAACGUAAUUUAACGAUUCAAAGUUAACCACAGGAUUGUAUCAAUAUGACCGACCCUCGUAGUUCGAAUACUAACGUUUAUCAAGGUAGUGGUCAUUUUGAAUUUUCUUCUGAAAAAAAUUGGGGUUUAGAACAAGAAGAUUGUAGAAUAUUUGGUUCUAUUGAUAUGACACAUUUAGCUGCAAGUAUAGCUAGUGUGCCAUUUAAUAUACAACAUGACAUACCUGUUGAACUAUUUACUGUGGAGCAAUUAGAAGAAUUUGAAGUAGAAUCGUCUCUUGCUUUGAGCCGACAUAUAUCACAAUAUAAUUCAAAAGUAUUAAAUAUUAAAACUUUAUUGCCAACUUGUAUUGGAAGUAAUCAAGCACCCACAGCCACAAAUAAGUUAAUUUUGAAAAAUUAUUCUAAUUCAGAAGUUAAUAAUAUUCCUUUUGAUUGUGAUAUUCAAUCGAAUAUAGAAUUAGAAGAAAUAUUGGGAAAUAUGAAACCUUUAAUUAACAUACUACAAGAAGAAAUAAAUACAGUUACUAGUAUAGAUACUAGUAAAGAUGACUCAAUAAUAGCUGAAAAUCAAAAGAUGCCCAUUGAAGAUGAUUAUAAAAUUGAAAUGACGAAUCAUGAUUCAGGGCAUUGGCUUGAUUCCAUGCUAGAUAGUGAUGAAUAAAAAUUUAAACUGUAUUUUUCAAUCAUUAAUAAAUUUAAAAUAUUUAUUUAUAUAAA